AUGAAAAAUGCACUGAAAACAUCAUGGACUAAUAUAGAAAAUGCUAUAAUUAAAGAUGUUAUUCGUACAGAUCGUUGUAAACCAUAUUUUGCCGGUGAUAAUAAUCCAAAUAUUGAUACAAUGAAGAAUAUUUUAUUAAAUUAUGCAUUUGCAUAUCCUGAAAUCAGUUAUAUACAGGGUAUGUCAGAUUUAUUAGCACCCCUUUUGAGUACCAUUCAUGAUGAAUCUGAUACAUAUUGGUGUUUUGUUGGACUUAUGCAGCAGCAAACAUUAUUUGUAUGUACUCCAAUUGAUGGAAGAAAUCUUAUGGAAAUUAAUUUAAAUUAUUUACGCGAAUUAUUGAAAUUAUUUGUACCAGAUUUUUUUAUGCAUAUUGCUAGUUUAGGUUCAGAUGCAUUGGAAUUAAUGUUUGUUCAUCGAUGGAUACUAUUAUGUUAUAAGCGUGAAUUUCCUGAAACUAUUACGAUGCAUAUUUGGGAAGCAUGCUGGUCUCAUUAUCGAACAUCAUAUUUUCAUUUAUUCAUUGCAGUUGCUAUCAUUUCCAUAUAUGGAAAAGAUGUUAUUGAGCAAUGUCUUCCAAAUGAUGAAAUUUUAUUAUAUUUCAGUUCACUUGCUAUGCAUUUAGAUGGUACUAUUAUCUUAAAAAAAGCUCGUGGUUUACUUUAUCAAUUUUAUCAUCUAGAUAAGUUACCGUGUACAUUAGCCGAUCUUUGUGAAACAGAUACAGAGCAAUGGGAUACAAAUAUUCAACAGAGAGUUUAUGAAUGCACUAAAAUUCAUGGUGAAAAAGAGCCAUGUCCAUUUGCGGGAAUUUAA